AUUUUCUUACCGUCUUAAAACUAGAAAAGAAAAUGGCUGCUGGAAGGGUAGCUCACGUCACGCUUAAAGGACCGAGUGUCGUCAAGGAGAUAUUGAUUGGAAUGGGAGUGGCUUUGUUUGCUGGUAGCUUUUGGAAAAUGCAUCAGUGGAAUGAGCAGAGGAAAGUAAGAGCUUUCUAUGAUCUACUCGAGAAGGGUGAGAUCGGUGUCGUUGUCGAUGAAGAAUAGAUCUUACAUUCUAUCAUGAUAUUGUUGAACACAUUCACCAGUUUGUUUAUCAUUUUUUGAAAACCUCUUUGUUUUGCUCUUUGGAUUAGAGAUGAUGACCUGUUUAUCUUUUGCAUCAGUUUCUAAAAAUAAGAUAUGAGAGAGAUUUUGGUGGACUUAAUAAUAAACCUUAUUUCAUGAUUUAUUA